ACCUUAACUCCACCCCCACCUGAUCCUCCUUCGUGCUGAACUGUCAUUGGCUGAAUUUUGUGUUUGUCGUCACUUUGUUGUUUGUUGUGUAGUGACGCCUGUGUACUUCUGAGUGUGUGUUUAUGUGUUGUGUGUAUGAAAGUCGCACACUUAAAAAAAGACCUGCGGCGCUCCGUGGAUGAGUUUGUGGGCGGGGCUUAGUGAAGUUUAGGUAUAAACUCAUUUCUCCUCCUCUUUACAUCACAACCAUCCAAUCAGCUACAAUCUGACAUUUUAACUCCGCCCACCUCCUGAGCGGGCCGUACAGGUGAGCCAACCGAGGGCGUUCAGGGUCAGGAGGACGGUCUGGGGGCGGUUCCUCGUCUGACCGCCUUCUCCUUCCUGUCUGUUCCAGGUGUGACCCCCGUCCAGCCCGGCCUGCCUCAGGUGGGUCUGGUGAAUCCGGUCUUGGCCACGCCUCUGUCAUCGGCGGCCUCUUCUGGUUCUGUUGAGCCGAGACCAGAAGAUGAGGAGGAGGAGCAUCAGAAGGUGGAGGGCGGCGUGGAGGGCGGCGUGGAGGGCGGCGUGGAGGCGCUGAGCGAGCAGGAGCACGUGAGCAUCAGCGGCAGCAGCGCCAGACACAUGGUGAUGAGGAAGCUGCUGCGAAAACAGGAGGUACGAGGUCAGCUGAUCACCUCAGAACCCCUGACCCGCUCUGAGGGUCCAGGUUCUGGUCCAGGUUCUGGUCCAGUUCGGAUCAGGUCUAACAUGAAUGUUCUUGUCCUUGUCAGUCCACCGUCAUGGUCCUGAGGAACAUGGUGGGCCCCGAUGACAUCGACGACGACCUGGAGGGCGAGGUCACCGAGGAGUGCGGCAAGUUCGGCCGAGUGAAGCGCGUCAUCAUCUACCAGGAGCGCCAGGGCGAGGAGGACGGCGCCGACGUCAUCGUUAAGAUCUUUGUGGAGUUUUCAGAGGCGGCCGAGAUGAACCGAGCCAUCGCCGCGCUCGACCAGCGCUGGUUCGGAGGACGCAAAGUUUCGGCCGAGGUCUAUGACCAGGAACGGUUUGAGAACAGCGACCUGUCGGCAUAGCAACACUGUGGUGGGUGUGGUCUUUGUCAGAGGGCGUCCAUGUUUCUAAUCCGUUUACAUUCCUGCUGAUCGUCUUUUUUAAGGAUUUUUUACAAACUCUUCGUUCUCAUGUUGGUCACGCUAACGUCCGCUGCUAACGCCGCUCUAACCCGCUCUGAGUGAACUCAGGGCGCCACUCUGAGACGAACUCAGGGCGCCGCUCUGAGACGAACUGUGCGGUGAUGUGUUCAGGGACGCUCUGUCCUCUCCGGGUCUCUCAGCUGAAACACGGACCUGGAUGUUACUGAAGCUGCCUGAUGUUCCUGAACGCACCACGCCGCCCACCACCCGGUUCUUCAUGUCGUGUUUUUGUCCGAGCGUCUGAAGGUGAUCGUCCUCCACGUCAAGAACGAAGCCUCACAGGUGGGCGAUGUGUUCAGGUGUCAAAUAAGCUUGUAAAUAAAAGUCUUUUUCUAAGAA